AUGGCUACAAAUUCAUAUCGAAAAGACUACAAAAGAAAAUGGAUUUCUGCUUGUCGUACACUCACAAAAUAUAACAACAAUGCAAAAAGGCUGCCUAUUGAUCAGUGUGUACAAUCUCCGCCCACUAAAUUUCAAAGGGUUGAGAGACAAGACAAAAUUGACUUUAAUGUAGAUGAUUGUGAUGAACCUCUGAGUCCUACUACUGGCAUUAAUUGCUCCUCUGAUGAGUGUGAUUCAUCCUUGGCAUCAUGCGAGGAGUGUUCAGAACAGGGUGAUUCAGAUUGCGAAUCUAAACCUGCAGAUUUAAAAGAUCUUUUAGCUGGCUGGGUGAACCAGUACCAAGUAAAGCACAAUGCUGUUGAUGAUCUUUUAAAGAUACUCCAGCAAUCUGGACAUUCUGAGCUACCAGCCACAUCUAGAUCAUUAUUACGCACAGCUAGAGUUAUUGACAUUGGACAAAAAUCAGGGAUGGAGUAUGUGUAUUUUCCCUUAGAACAAGCAUUGUUGGAAAACUUUCUGGCCUAUCCAAAAACUCUAAGAGAGAGUGUUGAUUGUUUACAUAUAUCUCUUAAUAUUGAUGGUAUACCCUUGUUCAAAAGCUCCACUGGCACUUUAUGGCCAAUUCUUUGCGGCAUAAUGAAUUUCACUCCUGUUAAAGUAUUUCCUGUUGCAUUGACAUAUGGAGCAUCAAAGCCACACGACUUAGAUUUCUUGUCUGAUACUGUUAGAGAUUUGAACACGUUAUUGGAGCAUGGUCUAAAGUAUGGUGACAAAAUCCUCAAAGUUUCUCUAAGGUGUGUUGUCUGCGAUGCUCCUGCAAAGGCUUUUGUUAAGGGUGUUAAAUUGUAUUCCGGCUAUUUCGGUUGUGAUAAGUGUUGCCAACGUGGUGUCUGGAUUGGUCGAGUGACUUUUCCUGACAUACAUGAUCUAAUACUUCGAACUGAUGCAUCAUUCCGAGAUCAGUCGAAUGAAGAGCAUCAUCAUUGUGUGUCGCCCUUUUGUGAUCUAGAUAUAGAUAUGGUUAAAGCCUUCCCAAUUGAUUAUAUGCAUCAAUUGUGCCUAGGUGUUACGAAAAAAAUUAUUCUAGCAUGGAUCCGGGGGAAAAAGGAUGUGCGAAUUUCAGCCCAACUUGUUGAAAGAAUUAGUGCCAAACUGGUUGCUCUACGAAGCUACAUACCACAAUGCUUUGCUCGUAAGCCUCGAGGAUUGGGCGAGGUAGAUAGGUGGAAAGCUACUGAAUUCCGUCAGUUUCUUCUUUAUACUGGGAAAUUAGUUUUAAAAGGAAGUUUGCCACGCCACCUGUAUGAUCAUUUUCUGGUACUAAGUGUUGCAAGUUCAAUUCUUGUUUCACCUGAACUUGCACAGGUCCAUUUGAAUUAUGCUGCUGACCUCCUAAAGUACUUUGUGGAGAAAGCUAAGCUUCUGUAUGGUGAAGAAUUCAUUGUGUACAAUGUACAUAGUCUCAUUCACCUUGUUGAAGAUGUUAAAACACAUGGUUGCUUAGAUAGCUUUAGUGGCUUUCCAUUUGAAAAUUAUCUUCAAAAAUUGAAGCGGUUUGUACGCUCUGGGAAAAAUCCUCUCGCCCAGAUUGUGAAAAGACUCAGUGAGUCAUCUGGUAAAAUCGGUCAGACCACAAGUACCUCCAUCAGCAUGAAACCACCAAAUAAUGGAUACAUUCUUGGGGACUCUUCUUGUUGCAUUGUUGUCGAUGAAACACAUCAGUUUCAGUAUGAAGAGAAAAUGUUUUCUUGCAGGAUCUACAACCGUUCUGAACCAAUGUUUGUACAACCUUGUGACUCACGUUUAGUUGGAGUAUAUAAGGUUAAAGAACAAAAUUCCUGCAUAAAGUUACUGCCUGCUAGCACUUUAAAAAGGCAGGCUAUUGCAGUUGAACUUGAACAUAACACUUUGAUCUUUUUGACCAUCUUACAUCAGUUGUAA